CGGGUUGUUAAGUGGGUGAAAGGUCCACUGCUCCCAAACACCUCUCUGAUCUGCAGGCGAACAGCUGCUUGUUGUUGUUUUUUUCCCUCGAGAACAGAAAAGUCAAAAUGUCUAAACAACCGCAGCCCAUCAGUCCGCUCAAGAACUUCGUGGCUGGAGGAUUUGGAGGAGUCUGCCUCGUCUUCGCCGGACAUCCACUGGACACCAUUAAAGUGCGUUUACAGACUCAGCCCAAACCCAAACCUGGAGAGAUCCCCCAAUAUGUCGGAACCAUUGAUUGUUUCAAAAAGACUUUAGCCAAAGAGGGUUUAAAGGGACUCUAUAAAGGUAUGGCAGCCCCGAUCAUUGGGGUCACACCCAUGUUUGCGGUUUGUUUCUUUGGAUUCGGGCUGGGCAAGAAGCUACAACAGAAAACCCCCGAUGAUAUCCUUACGUAUCCACAGCUGUUUGCUGCUGGCACGUUGUCUGGUGUGUUCACCACCGCCAUCAUGACUCCUGGAGAGCGUAUCAAAUGCCUCCUACAGAUCCAGGCAUCAUCUGGGAAGGUGAAAUAUGACGGGCCAAUGGACUGUGUCAAACAGCUGUACAAAGAGUCUGGGAUCAGAGGGAUCUACAAAGGCACUGCUCUGACUCUCAUGAGAGAUGUGCCAGCAAGUGGGAUGUACUUCAUGUCCUACGAGUGGUUGAAGAACCUCCUCACACCAGCAGGAAAGAGCCAUAACGAACUCAGUGUUCCCAGCGUGCUGUUUGCUGGAGGGAUGGCUGGGAUCUUUAACUGGGCGGUCGCAAUUCCACCCGACGUACUCAAGUCUCGUUUCCAGACAGCUCCUGAAGGAAAAUAUCCCAACGGAUUCCGGGAUGUUCUGCGUGAGCUGAUCAGAGAAGAGGGCAUUGGCUCUUUGUAUAAGGGCUUCACUGCCGUCAUGCUUAGAGCUUUCCCUGCAAAUGCAGCUUGCUUCUUAGGAUUUGAGUUGGCGAUGAAGUUUCUGAACUGGGCAGCACCGAACCUGUGAUGAAGACUCAGCACCACCUCAUCUGUGAUCAGGAUCAGAUCUCUGUAACACAACAGCGGAGCCAUUAGCAAUGCAACACGCCGGCACACACACACACACACACACACACACAGUCACACAAUUUGAAGAGCUUUCAAUAAUUUUCCGAUAAUGUACUUGAUUACCUUUGGUACUACGGAUCAUGUGGAUCGUUCAGACCUGCUGAGGGUUCAGAACAAAGAUGUAGUGAUGAGUGUGUACCAGUGCCAGUAAACACACACACACACACGCACACUGACAGUCGAAUGUUCUCACUCCUUUUGUUUUACUUGUUUUUGUUUUUUUUAAAUGUGAAAAGGGGUGAACUGAACAUGUCGUGCCUUACCUUUUUGUUAUCUGCGAGCAGGUGUACAUAUCAGGGAAAAGGUGCAUUUCGUUGUACUGUGUGUGUGUAUCCAGUCUCUCAGCAAUACACACCUUGCAAACUGUCUGCUUCCUGUACGGUCACGGUCCACUCAGUGGCCACUGAUACUUCACUUCCUGUUUGAUUUGUUUGAAAUUAUAUGAGGGCAGUCAUGGUGAGAUUGAUUGAUCAGUAUGUGAAUGAUAACAUGUAUACAAAUAAAAUACAGAAUGCAUAUUUAGAAAUGAGACUACUGUCUACUUAUGUGUGUUUGUGCAGCUGUCUGACUCCUAUGAUAAACAGUUAAAACUCA